AGACUAUCGCAUAAUUUUCCUUUUCUGUUGUUAAACAUUUAUUUUCUUUUUAGGUAAUAUCAAAUAUGUCAGCUUCCGCUUACGCGUCUUCAGAAGAGACGACGAAUGCUUGCAGAGCAAAUCGACUUCUCCUGGGUCCAUGUGCAGAUCAACAACGUGAUGUUUUACGUCAUUAUGUGCCACCCUCAGCAAUUGCACAAGUAACUGUACAAAAGAGUAAAAACUUUGCUUUUUGACGGCACCACAACGAAAUCUUAUAUUGCCUAAGAAUAGUUUUUAUAAUGGAAAUUACAAUGAUAUGGACAUUUCUUUAUUGUACACACUGCUCAGAAACAUUUGUAACAUAUAUAACCGCCUCACAACAAAGACUGGGGAAAUUAUCCAGAUCUUUCCGACAGAUCUCCCUCAGCUAACAUUGAGAAAAUUCGGUUUGCUAGAAAUCAAUGUGGAAAUUCUACCAGUUCUGUUUUAUCAAAUGCUGCUUUCAACACAAUCUGGUCUAAUGUUAGAUCAGAAGUUGUAGACCUUGAUUCUUUUCUUAACAAUGGAAAUAAGUAUGAAAGAGAGGUGGACUUUUUGAGAUACGAAACAAUGGACCCUGUCCGAGACAAAUAUUAUAUAGAAGAAAUGAGAAAACAGGCUAAAGAGGAUGCAGCAAUUAAAAGAAGACUUCGAGGCCUCAAACGUAAAAUGGAAAGGAAUGAGGCAGAUCGAUGUAAAAAUCAAAACAAAGUAUUAAAAAUGAUUGAUGAAAUCAAGACACUAGCGUGUGCCAUUCCUCCAAAUGUUAAGGAUCUUUAUGAAAAAGAAAUCCUUAUGUGGAUAGAAGAGGACGCAUUUUCUUAUGAAACUCACAAUUUCCAUGCAAUGCUGGAUGAAGUCAGGAAACAACCUUUCAUGACAUUUGUUGGGGUUCCUGGGUCAGGGAAAUCAGUGACGAUUCGUCACAUAGCCUUGAUUCUCAAAAAGGAAGGAUAUGAGAUUGUACCAAUUAGAGAUGUCAGGAAGAUUGAAGAUUAUUGUGACGCUCGAAUCGGACAGGUAUUUGUCAUCGAUGAUAUGGUUGGCGUAGUAGGUCUUAACAAACAAAAGUUUGAAUCAUUGAUAGACAACAAAAAAAUAAUUUCAAAUCCCGAUAAUAAAGGUACUAAAGUACUUAUGUCUUGUAGAAAAACAGUAUUUUAUGAAUGUCCCAAAUCAUUUUUCUCAAAUGAAAAAAACCUAGUCAAACUAUACAGUCCUUUAAAUACCUUGAACGAUGAUGACAAACAGGAGAUUCUUCAAAGACACGGCCUAAGUAGAGAUUUAAUAUCUCCUGAAAUGCUACAAGAAACAUCAGAUAUGUUUCCCCUUUUGUGCAAUCUAUUUUCCAAAAAGGAAAAAAAAUAGGAACAAUGUCAAUAAGUUUUUUACUUGCCCUGUUGAAUGUAUUUUAGAGGAACUAGAACAAAUCCAACAUCGAAAUAGAUUACACUACACGAUUUUGGUUCUAUUGGUGUUAUUUGAAAACAAAUUAUCCAAAAAAAUUAUAAAAAGCACAGGAAACAAGGAUUUAUUAGAAAUGAAAUCAAAAGUACUAGAAAUAUGUGAGGUGGAGAGUCGCACAGAUGCAUUCAAAUUUGAUAAAGCUUUGUCUGCAAUGGAAGGAACUUACACAAAACUCUGUGUUACUGAGUAUACCUUUGUUCAUGACUCAGUCUUUGAAAUCGUUGCGUAUCAUUUUGGAUGUCAGUUUCCAGAUCUUAUUUUGCAAUAUAGCAGUAGCAGCUUUAUUGCGAACAAGUUGAAACUUCAGGAACAAGGAAAACAUGAAUCGAAGGAGGAAAACGAGCGCAAUAGUGAGAAUGAUUCUCUCAUUGAUGAAAGUGAACAUAAAGAUGGUAAUGUUACAUUCAGUGGUGAAAAUAAUGAUCACACUGAUAUCUGUAUAUGGCUGAAAGAGGAUCAUGUUCCCAUGCUAGCAAAGCGCUUGUACAGGGAUAUAGAGAAUAUGGAACUGUAUGAUGUUUUUAUGAAUGAUGCUUUAAAACAGCCAAAUCUGUGUCAAGCUUUUAUUGAGGUGUUGAAAACAAAGUCAUAUUCAGAGCUGAAAUCCUUAUUUUUGUCAAAGCAGGAAGAUGUACCUAAAGUAGUGAGUCAACAGAACCGUGCAAGGACAAAACAUGAAGGUUGGAGAAUGGAAUGGCAGGAUGUGCUGGUCAAUAAGAGGUCCGGAAAAUACAGUGUGAGAGUUAUCAGUUGGGUGGUUUUCUACGGACACAAUCAAAUUUUGCAACAUAUUUUAAAACAGACUGAAUUAAACAAAGAAACAGAAUCUGAAUUGUUUUGGAAUCCAUUUCACGAAAAGUUUAAACAAUUUAAGAAUAACAUGGAAAAAAAGGUUGAAAAGGACAGCUCAGGUUUAUUAUACGCGGGAAAUGAUCCCAGAGGACAAAUGGAUAAGAUAAAUGAACUAAGUUUUGAUUACAGUGAAAUAAAGUCUGAACGCUAUCGAUAACUUUUACUUGGUUGUUACAGUGGUAAUUUAGAGAUUGUUAAAACAUUCAUUAGAUAUGUUUAUAUCGAUGAAAUUAACAUUGGUUUCUUAACUGUUGACGUCUCUGACAAUGAGGAUGUUUUUCCAAUCACACCACUUACCGCGGCAUGUGAAGGUGGGCAUUUAAGUGUUGUCAAAGAGCUGUUGAAAGUUGGAUUUCACGAUGAUAUUCCAGGUUUAGAUAAUACACCACUGACUGCAGCUUGUGAGUUCGGACAUUUAAGUAUAGUGAAAGAGCUAAUAAAGUCUGGGAUUGAUGUGAAUAUUGAAAAUUGUGAACGAAGAACUCCCCUCCAUAUGGUAGUUUUAAAUUAUACAGAAACUCUCAUGACUUCUCUUCAAAUGCUUAAUGACCACGGUGCAGAUGCAACAAUAGAUGACCUCGAUAAUCAAUCACCACUAUUCUUUGCGUUAUUUAAGAACAAAGCUGUUGUUGUGAAGCAAUUGUUAAAAAAUGAGAAUAAAAAUCAGUUGAAUAAAUUAAAGAAACAUUUGUUUGACUGUUUAGUAAACAUCAGGCAGAGUGACGUGAUGA